CGUGGGCGUCUAUACGCUGCCGUUUCCACCGUCCUUCUUUGGGAGUAAUUGUUGUCCUGGUUACGGGUCCUAACGGUCCCCGGCCUGAGAUUUUUUUUGUGAGGGGCUGCAACCUGAGCUGCUGUCUGACGACGCCUUCCGCUCCUUCAAGUGGCAGAAGUGGUGGCAGUGGCGGCUCGCCCAGCCUUCGACGUGGGAAAAUUGAAAUAGAAUUGGAGAAGAAAACUGAACCAUAAUAAUAAUGUCUCGAAAAAUUGCCUCGGCAUCAAAAACAAUAAAUGUCUCUAGCUCUCUAGAAUCUGAAGACAUUAGUUUAGAAACAACAGUUCCUACAGAUGACAUUUCCUCAUCAGAAGAACGAGAUGGUAAAAUCAAAAUCACCAGGCAGCUAAUUGAACGGAAAGAAUUACUUCAUAAUAUUCAGUUACUGAAAAUAGAGCUGUCCCAGAAAAAUAUGAUGAUCGACAAUUUGAAAGUAGAUUACCUUACAAAGAUUGAAGAAUUGGAAGAGAAACUUAAUGAUGCACUUCACCAGAAGCAGGUGCUGACACUGAGAUUAGACAGCCAAUUAACUUUUCAGCAGAAGGAUGCCAGAAAAUACCAAGAACUAAUGAAACAAGAAAUGGAAACUAUUUUAUUGAGACAGAAACAACUAGAAGAGACAAAUCGUCAGCUAAGAGAGAAAGCUGGAGAUAUUCGUCGAAACCUGCGUGACUUUGAGUUGACAGAAGAGCAAUAUAUGAAACUCAAAGGUUUUCCUGAAGAUCAGCUUUCUAUUCCUGAAUAUGUAUCUGUUCGGUUCUAUGAACUAGUGGAUCCAUUAAGAAAGGAAAUCUCUGAACUACAAGUGAAAAAGAAUAACCUAUCAGAAGAAUUAAGUGAAAACAAAGGCCAACUGAAACAACUGACAGAGAGUUAUGAGGAAGAUCGAAGAAACUACUCUGAGCUUCAAAUUAGAUGUCAACGUUUGGCCUUAGAAUUAGCAGACACAAAGCAGUUAAUUCAACAAGGUGACUACCGUCAAGAGAACUAUGACAAAGUCAAGAGUGAACGUGAUGCACUUGAACAGGAAGUAAUUGAGUUAAGGAGAAAGCAUGAAAUACUUGAAGCCUCUUACAUAACUCAAGGGAAAGAAAGAAGUGAAUUAUCAAAAGAGGUGACCACCUUAGAGCAGACUGUUACUUUACUGCAAAAGGAUAAAGAAUAUCUCAACCGCCAAAACAUGGAGCUUAGUGUUCGCUGUGCCCAUGAAGAGGAUCGCCUUGAAAGGCUUCAGGCUCAACUUGAGGAAACUAAAAAGGCUAGAGAAGAGAUGUACGAAAAAUACGUAGCAUCCAGAGACCAUUAUAAAACAGAAUAUGAAAAUAAACUAUGUGAUGAACUGGAACGAAUCAAAUUGAAAACUAAUCAAGAAAUUGAUCAACUUCGAAGUGCCUCUAGGGAAAUGUAUGAACGGGAAAACAGACAUCUCCGAGAAGCAAAGGAUAAUGCUGUGGCUGAAAGGGACCGAGCAGUGAUGGCUGAAAAGGAUGCUUUAGAAAAGCAUAAUCAGCUCUUAGACAGGUACAGAGAACUUCAACUUAGUACAGAAAGCCGAAUAACAGAAUUUCUCCAUCAAAGUAAAUUAAAAUCUUUUGAAAGUGAGCGUGUUCAACUUAUACAAGAGGAGACUGCAAGAAAUCUCACACAGUGUCAGUUGGAAUGUGAAAAAUAUCAGAAAAAAUUUGAGGUUUUAACUAAAGAAUUUUAUAGUCUCCAAGCCUCUUCUGAAAAACGCAUUACUGAACUUCAAGCACAGAACUCUGAGCAUCAGGCGAAGCUAGACAUUUAUGAGAAAUUGGAAAAAGAGCUUGAUGAAAUAAUAAUGCAAACUGCAGAAGUUGAAAAUGAAGAUGAAGCUGAAAGGGUUCUUUUUUCCUAUGGUUAUGGUGCUAAUGUUCCCACAACAGCCAAAAGACGACUAAAGCAAAGUGUCCACUUGGCAAGAAGAGUGCUUCAGUUAGAAAAACAAAACUCAUUGGUUUUAAAAGACCUGGAACAUCAAAAGGAACAAGUAACACAGCUUUCACAAGAGGAAUUGGCAGCAAUGAAACAGAUUGUCACUAAUAUGCGCAAUAAGCAUUCUGAGGACAGGUUACUUCUUUCUAAAACGGAACCCAAAAAUGUAACAGAAAAUCAGAAAUCAAAGACGUUGAAUGUGCCCCGAGAACAUGAAGACAACAUAUUUAUACCCAAACCAACACUCUUUACCAAAAAAGAAGCACCUGAGUGGUCUAAGAAGCAGAAGAUGAAGACCUAGUGUUUUGGAAGGAUUUGCUAUACCAUUUACUCCUGAAGUUCCUUUUCUGAUGAACAAAAAGUUUAUCUAAAUCAUGUUCUUGUCAUUUUUUAAAUAACUAAUUUAAAAUUUAUUUUAACUGAAUGUUAAAUUAACAGAUUUCAGCAUAAUCAAAAUGUACAAAGUACAAACAGUGGUAUACUUUAUAUUUGCUUUUAUCUAUUUUGUUACAAAAUAAAUAUCAUAUACUCUAUGACUUAAAUUUUUGGAGCUUUCAAUAUUCUCAAGGCAUUUUAAAGUGCGUAGCUUAUAAAUAUUUUGUUUAGUAGUUAUAUUGGUGAGUAUAUUUUCCAACUAUAUGAAUUCUGAGUUUAUAUGUCAUGACACCAAUACAACAAACACACUUUACAUUUUUAAAAAUUAGGAAUCAUUUAUGAAAUCUACUAGAAGAUACUUCAGAUGCCCAGUAAUGGUGGUCAGAUACUAUGUAAGUGGAUAUGAAUUGCUUAUUCUUUUGGGGGGCUCUGUUUUCUUGUAUUUCAUAUUAUUAAUAACCAAUAAAAUCUAAUGUAAAGUUAUUUCAUUGGUCAAGUAAAACUUUGAUGGGAAAGUCUCUUGGCAGUCAAAACAGUGCUGAUUCAGAUGCAGUAUGGACCAAAUUUCUAGUCGAUGAGAAAAAUAGGAUUUUCUUUUUCUUGUCAUAAAGUAUGCUCCAUUUUUCAUUCAAGAGAUAAAAUUUAAAAGAAGAGUUGGGGAGAAAGAAAGAGGAAAAAAAGAAAAAUGUAUUUAUAUAUGUCAAGUUUACUCAACUACUGUUGAAAUAGUGGCUGGAUAACUCUUUGUUGGGGUGGGAGUGGGGACAGUCCUGCAGAGGGGGAUGUUUAGCAGCAUCUCUGGCCUCCACCACUAGAUGACAGUAGCAUCCCCCUCCCCAGUUGUGAUAACCAAAAAUGUCUUUUGUCCCCUGCGGUAGCAAAACGCCCCCCACCUCCUAUUGAGGAACCACUGAUACACGUGAUAUCAAUGAUUAUCUUUGUAGAUAUGAAAAAAGAAUACUAGCUGGUCAGUGUGUUCUCUUCAAGUCACAAUAGCAUAGGCUAUUAGUUGAGUGUGAGUGAACAAAAAAAGCCUUUGAUAAUAUAUACUUGUAAAGUUGUUCUUGGCCUGAAAACCCAAAUCUCAUGCCCGCUUUUUGUUUCAUUUGGAUGCAUUUUCUAAUAUAUGACUUUCUGCAGCAAGGGUUUGUGAAAAUGGCCUUUCUCCAGCAUGCAUCUUAAAUCCAAGAUAUCCUUGUAAUUC